CCCCCCCAGCUCCUCCUUCUCGGCCGCCGUUGCGCGGCGUUCAGGGGCAGCAAGAUGGCGGAGCAACAGCAGGAGUGUGAGCGCGGUGCGCAGCGGGCAGGGCCGGCGGCGGAGACCGACCCCCUAGGCCGCUUCACGUGUCCAGUGUGCUUAGAAGUGUACGAGAAGCCCGUGCAGGUGCCCUGCGGACACGUCUUUUGCUCUGCAUGCCUGCAGGAAUGUCUGAAGCCGAAGAAACCUGUCUGUGGGGUGUGUCGCAGCGCUCUGGCACCUGGCGUCCGAGCCAUGGAGCUCGAGCGGCAGAUCGAGAGCACAGAGACUUCUUGCCAUGGCUGCCGUAAGAAUUUCUUCUUAUCCAAGAUCCGGGCCCACGUGGCUACCUGUUCCAAAUACCAGAAUUACAUCAUGGAAGGUGUGAAGGCCACCACUAAGGAUGCAUCCCUACAGCCAAGGAAUGUCCCAAACCGCUAUACCUUUCCUUGUCCUUACUGUGCUGAGAAGAACUUUGAUCAGGAAGGACUUGUGGAACACUGCAAAUUAUCCCAUAGCACGGAUACCAAAUCUGUGGUUUGUCCGAUAUGUGCCUCGAUGCCCUGGGGAGACCCUAACUACCGCAGUGCCAACUUCAUAGAGCACAUCCAGCGCCGGCACCAGUUUUCUUAUGACACUUUUGUGGAUUACGAUGUCGAUGAAGAGGACAUGAUGAACCAGGUGUUGCAGCGCUCCAUCAUCGAUCAGUGAGCAGUCCGUGCCGUCCGCCUCACGUUCCAGAGCUUCCAUUAUGUGUUAAACGUGAAACCUUUGACUCCUACACCUUAACUGUACAACAGACCUGGAAACGAUCCGUGGCAUUGGGACAGGGUCACUUCUGGCAGGGGAAACGGGUCCCCAGGUCAGAGCCCUCCUUUCCUUUGGGCUCUUGCCAAAGCCGUCUUCCCCCACUGUUCACCUUGUUUGUCACAUGGUCUGGUCUUUAUUGGUUCUUAGCUGCCUCCUGGAGCUUCUGCCUCUUCUUCUGGAAGAGAAUCUGGCUUCUUCACCUCAACGUGUUCUUGUUUCACACUCAUUCCUCCCAUCCAGUCAGUGUUCAUCUCUGUUCAUCUCUCAUGUCCUCUGAGCCAGCCAGAACCUUUUCUGGGUCAUGAAGCACAAUGAAACAAGCUUCUCCUUUCCUUGUCUCUGAGGUGUGUGGGCCCUGAUCAGUGCUGAAGCUCCUAUGUACAGCGGAGCUGCUUGCCAGUGGGCCGUUGGCGGCAGCUGCUGGAAGCUGGGGUUGCCAUCCUGGGAUGCAUUUCACAAGUCCUCAGUGAAUGUUCUGAGUUUAGCAUGAUCCAGUGCUGGAAGUUUCAAUGAGUGAUAUUUUCCUACUAUUCCUGCACAUCCUUAGAAUUAACUGGUUCAGUCUUAAAUGCCUGCAUGGUGCCUUUUUAGGAUAAGGUGUAACCGUAUGUUUUUGUGAAAGUGUUUCCAGGUUAGGAAAGUUAAAAUCUGUUUAUCUGUAAGUGGGGAGGAGGGUCAGCUAAGAGAGAUGGGAGGCCAUAGCUUUUUGGUUGUGAUCUUCAAACUAGUGAGGAAUUUUCAGAUUACUGGGUCAUGUUUGCCUCUCUGGGAGCUUGCUUACAUUCUGGUCCUUGAAGCAUGAAAAGGAGUCCUCGAAUGAAUAGGAAGGAAGAGGUUUAGAGGCUCCAGUGGAUACUAGUUCUUUUAUCUUCUACGUGGUAACUUAGAUUAAACUGAGCAUUGUUUCUCUAUCACAGAUGGUUUCCUUAUGACACUGCUUUCAACAUGUAAAUCCGUGUUUGAAAACCUACUUUCUGAAUGUAGAGUGAAGCUAUAGGAAAUCCAGUAUUGCACCCUCUUGUCUCUUCCAACAAGACACUGCUCUUAAGGCACAUCUCAUGAUGAACAGUUGUUAAUGAAAGCUGUCUACCGGAAACUUUCUUUAGUAACAGCUCUAGAAGUUUGAAGUUCAACAUAUUUUACAAAUAUUAAUAAAUAUAAGGCUAAGAGCUGUCAGCCUAAUCUGUAGGAGCAGAACCUCUGAUUGACCAAAAGGCAUAUGGAUUUAGGUUCAUUCUUUCAUGUCACACAUCUAGUCUGAAUAUGGAAAUUUCUUCUGGUCAGUGGCUGAGGUUGCAGGUGACAGUGGGCCUGUAACUGCUGCUGUGGCCUCUCCCUGCCUGCCAGUAACGAGCUGCAAAUGCCUAGUCACCAGCGAAGAUGAGGCCCAUUGGGGCAAAACGGUUUUUUCUAAUGUGCUUACUUGGGAGGACCCAAAUGUUAAAGGUCCACUUCUUUUUCUUCACUAUAAUUUCUGGAAAAAGUUUACUCAGACCUCUCUAAAUUGAGAUCAUCUCAUUAGAAGUUUGGAGGGAAAUUUGACAAAACCCUUCAUUUGAGGGAACUGUUGAGAGAGCAUAUGUCCAUCUCGGUGGUACCAAGAAACUUAUUUCCUUGUAUUAAGUGCACUUCAUGUAUUUCUAAUAAGAUGACUUUCCAGAAAGUGAAAUUUGUUAUGUUCUGGCUUUCAAAAGGCGAUAUAUAAAUAAAUUUCAUAAUUUA